UAUUUGUUUAUUUACUUGCAUCGUAAAUCUCUACCCGUUAAGAUAGGGUAACCUGUAUUGAAUAUCGUCAUAUGUUUUAUCAAAACACAAUGGCGUCCCGGACAGUAACGUUUAUAAUUUUCGGACUUUUUCUACCUUUGAUUAAUGCGCGACACGAUUACAAGAUGGAAGACUAUUGCGGCCGACAACUGAGCAUGUCCCUUAAAGCUACCUAUCAGCUGGAGCUCGAACUGACUGAUAACAAUAUAUACACCAACAUCUAUCCUUGGACAAACCCGAAGCAGCAGCGCUCCUGCGAGAUUACUGUGUUAGCGUGGUAUGGUACAUAUCCGAAAUUGAUGUUUUAUUUCGAUGACCUUGACCUUGACUGCAAGAAUGGUCAUCUAGAACUUUACGUUGGUCAGACAAGCGAAACACGAGUACCGGGACUGGAGAAGAAUAUUUGCGGGAAAACCACACAAAGAGGUUCCUUCAGGGUUGAUUCUCCAUACCUACGUAUUAAAUAUGUACCUACUAGGGUGCAGUAUAUAAAGGAUGUGUUUUCUAUAACAAUAACAGCCUUCACAGAUGAUGUUUCAGGUUCGUGCCCAAUUUAUUCACACAAAUGUGAAAAUUCCCUCUGUAUCAACAAAGGUAUUGACUGCGACGAUAUUGGUCCAGAUGCUAAUGCGUGUGAUGAUGACGAGUCUGACGAUUGUGGUGAUGACGUCAGUGGGAUUGCGGGGACUAUUAUUGGCGCAACAAUUGGUGGUCUGUGUCUGCUAGGGUUUAUCACAUGCAUCAUCGUCUGCUGUUUGUGUUGUAAACGGCCAAUCAGGAAAUCGACGGUCGAAAAUCAGUAUCAACAGAGCCCUGUGGUAGUGAGCUCUACAGGCCAACACCAGGGGUACAAUCAACCGAUGUAUGGUGUUGGGCAGGGAGGAGUGUACCAGACAAUGCAAGCAACAAACCCUUCGACUUCCAGGAAUAUUUUCCCAACAGCUCCAGAAACAACGGGGCAACAAUACAGCUACCAAGAACCAGCCGAACUUUUUUCGUAUGAAAACAUUCCUAUGGCACCACCGGCUUAUUCGGAAAUCUACGGGCCACCUGAUAUCCAAGCACCGCCCCUAACCGCCAAAGAAGAACAUGUGCACGUGAAACUAGAUAGCGCGAAAGCUUGACAAAUUAUGAAGGUUUUGUGGUCUUUUAAAUUGGAUCAACAUAAUUAUUUGCUUGAUUCAUCUUGCAUGUUAUAAACCUAACUGAAGAGAAAACGGAAACAUACAUGUCCUAUUAAGAAUAUGGCCUUCUAUUAAACAAGGGAAAGAAACAUACAUAUAAAAUAUAAAUAACAAACAUUUAAAUGGACAGACACAUGCAUUCUUCCGAUUCAUUUUAGUUUGAUAUCAAGUAAAUAUUUUUUCAUAUUUCUUUUGAAUACACAGAGAGACGGAGAUUCUUUAAUAUAUAAAUGUAAAUUAUCCCUAACUUGCAUAGCAUUAUUUCUAAAAAUUCUUGUAACAUACAUUUGUAUUUUGUACAUGUAUUAUGUUUCUAUUAGUAGUUGAUCUAAGUGUUUAUGUCUAAUUUUUCGAGGACACUAGGAUAUCUGAAAUGAAGAAUGCAGUAUGCGACGUGCAUCUAUUUUCAAAAGUUAAACACUUUAAGUUAUGGAAUAGUUGAAAAGAUGGCGUUUUAACUGGUUAUUUAACAAUUUAAUCUUAGCUGCGAAAUUCAAAAUCAGUUUUGUUGAAAGUGCUCCAUAUAAUACAACAAUAAUCAAAACAAGGUAAACUACAGUUAUUGUAAAACAUUUCUUUCAUUUCAGCUGAUAAAAAGUAGGUUAUACGUUUUAAGAGAACAAUUUGUUCUUUUUUUGUAAUUUAUUACAGACAUACUUUAUUUGUAUAUUUAUAUAUUCCAUUGUAAGCUUCCAUCUAAAUAAAUACGUAAUAAUU